UUCGUGAGCCCAAUUGCCAGCUUCGCACGGCACGUGGCAAACAAACACUCAAGCUGCUCUUACCACACCAAGAAAUCUCGCGUCUAUAUUAGCCUUGCACUUCUUCUCAAUAAGUACCAAACAUAUCAACAGCCGCGUAUUGGCCAUCGAAAAUCUGUGAGAAGCGCGGCACACCGCCUACAAAGUGUAUCGACGAUCGAAGUCAAACAAAACGCCAUGUUUGGUCGCUGGAAGCGCGAGCCUGACUACAAGCGAGUUAAUGCUCAAGAUGAAAUCAACGAUGCGCCGGAGAGAACUCAGCGGCGACGAAGCGAAUAUCGAGGAACUCCAUCUCACUUUCUUUCCUACCCCGUGUCGUUCCUCUCUGGCGUUUCGGUGACCAUAGCCGCCCUCGCCCUAUGGGCAGCAUUCCACUCGUCGAGCUCGUUUGAGACCGGCUUUCAUACCGAGAUUGGUAAACUGCAUCCUAUCGUCAAGCUCGCGCCAACGAAGUUCACUGGGACACUCAAGUACAAGGGUGAACAUCUAUACAUCGAUCUUGGACCCAACGGCACGCAAUACUUUGGAAAACCAUCGCCUGAGAUUGAUGCAGCAUGGGACACGCUCGUCGAAGGGAUAGGCAACGAAGAUGUAUGGCCGGGAGACAUCAUUAGUCCGGAUGUCUUACACACACUGCACUGUCUGAAUGCCGUGAGGAAGCUUCUCGACAGUCCGUACUAUUAUAAAAAGCCAAUGGAGGCUCAUAACCGGGCGCGGAGGAUUCAUAUCGACCACUGUCUCAAUCACAUACGCCAAAUCAUACAAUGUCACAUGGACAUCACUCCCGUACACACAUUGUACUUUGAAGAGAUGAAUACGGACGUUGGUAACUUUGAUCAAGUCCACAUGUGUCGUGACUUCAGCCAGCUGCACAACUUCAUGGUGGAGAAGGGAAAGGAUAAACAGCUGUCAGAUGAGAAGGAGCUGAAACCGGGUGAGAUGGGGCCUGAUGGGAAGAAAGUGCAUCGGGAAGGAUACCCAGAAAAUGAAGAAUCGUUCCUGCCUUGGAAUACGACCUGGAAGGAGUUUGAUUAG